GGCGGCCAAACACAGCUUCCCCUGAGGGGAAGCGGCAAAAUGGCGUCCGAGGGCGCCGCUUCUUACUGCGGGGAGAUGAAGGACCACCGGAGGAACGGUUAUGGACGUUACGUUUAUCCCAACUCCUUUUUCAAGUACGAAGGGCAGUGGAAGAGAGGGAAAAAACACGGACGUGGGAAAUUACUGUUCAAAGAUGGAAGUUAUUAUGAAGGUGAAUUUGCCGAUGGAGAAAUUGUUGGCCAUGGACUCAGAUACUGGGCAUCAACAGGGAAUACUUAUUCCGGCCAAUUCCUCUUUGGAGAACUUCACGGGCACGGAGUUUUUCAUUAUGGAAAUGGUGGCAGAUAUGAAGGAGAAUUCUGUUACGGGAUACGAGAAGGCUACGGGUCGCUGAUAGGAAAGGAUGGAGAGACUUACCAAGGAAGCUUUCAUAACAACAAAAAACAUGGAGGAGGGAAAAUGAAAUUCCUAAAUGGAGAUAAAUUUGAAGGUGACUGGAUCCUGGAUCAAAGACAAGGCCACGGAGUCCUUCAGCAGCCUGAUGGAACUGUAUACGAGGGACAGUGGAGAAACGAUACGUUCAACGGACAAGGCUGCAUGAUCCAUUGUUCGGGCGUCAUCUACGAUGGCCUCUGGCAUAAUGGCUCUCCUAUGGGACAAGCAAAGACGAUGGUGAUUACAGGACCAGAAGUGACUGACACAAGUCCAGGAUCGGUUCUUACUUUUCACGUCCAGCUGCAGACUGAUGACGGGGAGCUUGCUAAAAGUGAAAAGGGCCGACUGCUGGAGAUUGCAGCCAGGAUCAGAAGGACAACCCUUCCAGAAGGCCACAAAACCAGCUCCCACGGACUGUGCGAAGCCACUGAGAAGCCAAGUUCUUUGAAGUUUGGGGGUCCUGGCUCCCCUUUGAUGACGUCUACAUCUGGAAGCCAACCACAGCCAGAUGUUCCCCUGGUUGCCAGCAAAUCAGGACACGCCGGGCCUGAAAGGGUCACCUCCCACGAGAAAGCAAAAGACAAAGGAAGCCAUGCCUUCGGUUUCCCCCAUCUGCAAAGGAGCAAGCGUGGCCGGGCCACUUUCAGAAACAUCCCCCUUGCCUUUCUCCUGGUCGAUCCGGACCCUGAUCCACAGACUGGUGAACUGUCCGAAAAUGAAGAUGAAAAGAAAAGGAUCUCCACGGAGACAAUGGAAGCUUCCACCAUGCUUAUGGCCAGACGUAGCAGGUCAAGAAUAGCCACCGAAGGAUGGAAGUCCAGGAUGAACGAAAGUUCGCCGAACAUCACAUCACCUCCACCAGAGUUCUUCCCUCCCAUUUACAGUAGGGAGAGGGGGGGAACCAAGCAAUACAUCAAACAAGAAGGGAAAGGAAAAAAACCUUUGACACGCUCAAUUUAUGACCUGAAUUUGGGACCAGAAUUUCUGUUGCGUUGAUAAAGAUUUUCCAGGCAGCAGAUCAGGAAGAAGAAGGGCAGAGGAACAGACUUCCAGAGAUGCAGCCUUAGCCUUUUUGCGACUCAACCCUCAAGGGACGGUGCCAGGGUUUUCCCGUCGCUGGCUUUUCCUUGGCUCCUCUCCACGGCAGUUGAACUCGGAAGGAAGGAAGGAAGGAAGGAAGGAAGGAAGGAAGGAAGGAAGGAAGGAAGGAAGGAAGGAAGGAAGGAAAUCCUUAGCUUUAGCUUUCAGUAAGUAAACCCAUUUUCCCUCUCUCUUUACCAUCCAGUAAAGCUUUAGCUAAUUAAUUUACCAAGUCCAACGUGCAGAUAUGUAUAUUCCACAUGAAGAAAAAGAAAAGGCUGAAAUGUUGGAAGAACCAGCCCACGUAGGCCGCCCAGUCUUUAGGGAAAAGAUCCCCUGCUGACUGCUGAAUUCUGGGAGUUGUGGUCCACACAUCUUGAAGUUGUCAACAAGGUGGGGAAACAUCGCUUUAGCUGUUUAGCUGAAUCAGGAAGAGAAAGCUACGCACGCCCUAGGUGUCUCCCUCUGCCAUCUCAAGUUCCCUGUCAAUCUUCUCUGUUUCUCCCCCCCCCCCCCAUCCAUCACUUUUGGGGAAGGUUAAAAUGGGUGUGAAUUUGGGAGAGCGUUGAGAUUCAGGGCAAUUUUGAUUUGAUUGACUCUGCUCCAGAAGGAAGAACGGCCCAGACAAUUUCAGGACGGCUGUUUUAUUUGUUUUAGAGUUUGAUCAAUUCACCCAGAAUGCUGGAAAGCCCUUUAGAAGCUGCCUCUCUUGUGUGUUUUGGUUCACACCUAGGCAGGAGCUGGCACAAAUCCUAGCACAUUUGCUGGGUUGAGUCUGGAUGUCGUAAAGGUGUCUGCUAAACAGAUGUUAGACUGUCUGUGAAAGACUUGUGUGCAUCUUUCAGAGCAGAAAGGGGAGGUAAAUGAACAGGUGCCAAGUCCUGGGAGUUUAAAUCAGACAAAACCAGCCAGGAGCAUCUCACAGCACCUCCCAGAGAUGCGUCCUGGAUUCAAAAUGCUCUUUUUUACAGCCUCCCCGCCCAAAUUUUCUGCCUCUCAAGCCUUUUGUCAUCCCCACCAAAAUGGUACUCUGGCCUUGCAGCAACUCCCUGAUUCUACUUCCACAUUGUAAUGCAAUGUGAUUAGAGGAAAUUUUGCUUGCUUCCUCCAUGGGGGGGCUCCUCCGCAGAAUCGUUUUCCCCCCAAAAAAAGGCUUAAUGAGAAAAACAAGGUGCUCAAUACUUUUUAUUUCCCUUUCCAGAGUAAGGAGUAAAAUCCUCAAGCAUUUUGAGUGAAAUUCGUGGGUUUUUUUUUUUCUUGAACUAUAUGAAGUUCAUUUUCUUUGAACUACAAAAUAUCUUCCUAGCUUAGGAAGCGGUAAUCGAUUAUGCAGUGCGGUUUAGCGUUUGAACUUUGGUUGAGUCACCUCCAUUGUGAAUCUCAUUUUGGGGCAAGGAGUACAAGACACUGCCUUUUUUCUUCCCACCGAAAAGAAUUAAGAGGCUCACCGCAUUCAAAUUCCAUUUAUUAAAAAAAAACAUCUGCCCUUCAAGAAGUACAGGUCCAUGUCUCCAAAGGCUGGUGUUCCAAUUCCUCUUUCAACAAUCCUCCCCAAAAAUUGGCUCCUAAUUCAGAUUUCACAUUUCUCCUAGCGCAGAGAAGUAUGUUUAUUUUUCGCUCUUACUAUGUUGCGGUUCGAUUCCUGUAUCUGAGACAGUAUCAAGUCAUUUCCUUAGUUAUUUCCUGGGAAAACCCUGAAUACUCCACACUCUGAACUUUUUUUUUUCCUACUUGAUUUGGGCUAAUUCAUGCAACGUUAAGAAAAAGGGAUAAUUCUCCUUCCACAGCCUUCCUCCUCGCCCCUCAAAAUAAAUACAGGAAAGUGGGGUCUCCGUGGGUAGGGUGAGGUCCUUGAGAUGUGGAGCCGAGUCCUCGUCCGUCAAUUAAAGACACUUAAUUGAUUGGAAAGCGUCAUCUUUUCUCUGAAGAGGGGAACUGUGGGGCUCACCCACCCCGUUUAUUUUGAUUUAAACUAGAGUUUAAGGGAAACUUUCAUUAAGCCUUCAAAGCAGCAAGGGAGGCUGAAAAAAGCUGACCAGGGACUUAGCAGGUCUUAUAAAAAAUUUGUCCUAUGACAUUGAUACGAUUGAUGGGGUUACUUUAGUGGGUCCUGCCUUGGUCUCUUCAAACAAGAAGACGACGUAGAAAUAAUAUGGAAUUCAAACAAGCCUUCGAAAAUUCAAGGAAAAGAUUGGCUUGGGUGUUUUAGUAAAGGUGCCUCUUAACAGUAAUGUUGUAACUUGGUCACUAAAUGAACUGUUUUUAAGUCAAGUUCAAGACACACCCAUUUAUUGUUGACCCCCCCCCCAACUUAUACCCCCAAAUUGGUUUUUCUUAAUCCCAUGGAUACUCAAUUGGUGAGAUUAUGUCAAUUUUCUUUUAAUAGUAAAAUAAGAUACUUUUAUUGGGUUUGGACUUACUUUUCCGGACAAUUUUAUUAGCGAUAAUGAGUCUAUACACUGUACAUUCAGUCACUGAGAUGUAUUUAUAAGCAUAGCUAUUUUUUUUUAUACAUACUUUGAUAAAAGUCCUUUAUAUUACAAUAUUAUCUGUUUCCAGGUUGGAAAAAAAAAAGGGAGGGAGGGCAAAGGGUUAUCAUUCUCUUUCCCCCUUUUUUUUUUUCUCUCACUCAGGCAUUUGUAAACAAGCAAGCACAUUUAAUCACAUAAAAAUAAUUUUAAAAUAGGGAAGCCAUUGAAUUGUUAGCAACAGUGGUGGGACCUAAAGAAAAAUGCGCUCAAAAAGAUUUUUAUUUUAUUUUUAUCUAUUCAAAAAUUGCAGUUUGAGUCCCUGUUGAAAACUAAAUUAUUUUGUUUUUUUCUAAAAAAAAGCCUCUCUCUCUCUCUCUCUCAUACACGAACUGCUUUGACUUAGAGAAGGAAAUGUCCAUUUUAUUUAUUUUUUUAACCAUCAAAUACAAUGAAACAUGAAUAAUAUGGCGCAAAUAAUGGGACCAAAGGUUUAAACCGACAUUGAGAUUCCAAAAUAAAUGUGUCAUUUCGUGGUGGGGCCUUUAUUCCCUAACAAAUUUCAACCUGUCUUCAUUUCAAAGCAUAAGUUGUAAAACCAAACAGCUCAGUAAGAAAAGAAGAAGAAAAAAAAAAGACCUCAGAAAGUAAACACCAUAUACAUUUAUUAUACAGCUAUAAAACGAAAAGAAGUAUUUACAGUGUUUUGUGUUUUAUUUUUUUACAUUGGGUAGUUCCAUUUGAAAAAGCAAUUAUUAUUUUUUUAAAUCAUUCUCAGCUGCUCCGUAGACAUCAAUAUCUUAUUGCUGUUGGUAUUUUAUUUUUUCAUCCCCGCCCUUGUUAAAAUGUAACUGGGCAUUUCUUUAAAAAUUGAAUUCAACUGUAUAUACAAUGUAUUUAGAUAUGUAUAUAUGUAUUUAUAUUUUAUGUAUAGGUAUAUAUAGUUUAUAUACCAAUAUAUACUGAUAUCCCCCCCUCCCCAAAUUAAACCAGGUAGCUAAGAGAGAGCAAAACCAGGAUUGUUUGGACCAGUGUUAAGAUGGGUGGACUUCAAACCCCAGCUUCGCUGGCUGAGGAAUUCUGGGAGUUGAAGUCCACCCAUCUUAAAAGGGCCACGGCUAAGAGACGGGGUUCAAGGUGGACCCACGUCCCUCUGCUUCUCUCCAGCUCUUCUCCAUCUUGACGGUGGCAGCGCAGGCUGAGGUUGCGGGACCCAAAACGGCGGCAACUUUCAACUGGAUCGUAGCCUCAGUCAUGGCUGGCCUUGCGCUCUCCUCCGAAAGGCUGGUUGGGCUCCCCUAUACAGCCCCUUUCGGUGUGAGCGAGCGAGGCAGCCCAGGAUGCUGGUUUUCAAGCCGUCUCAGAGGGCACGGACACAAAACCCACACACACACACACAAUUUAGAAAGCAGCACCUUCCACGCAGGUCAAUUUCACAGGAUCCCUGGCUGGUUGGGAAAGGGGGGGGGGAGGGAGGCGAUACUGCAAAACGGAAAGGCCCGUCCAAAGUACACAGAUGGGGGCCGGACACCUGUAAUUCUUUUUUUCCUGGAAUUUUGAAAGAAAAUUGGGGGGGGGGGCAGAACCAAAUUAACAGAGAAAGUGGGGUAUGACCUGCGUGGUUGAAAUUGCAGAAAUUCAUCUCUUUCCUAUGAGCUAAAUUGCUUUGGGAGACCAAACCUGGUUUUUUUUGGGGGGGGGGCAUUUUUGCUUUCAAUUUUAAUCUCCCCCUCCCAAUCAAAGGCUAAAUUUAAAGGCUGCAUGCACCACCUUGCAUUUUGAUGCGAUAGAUAGGUUUCAGGAAUAGCUGCGUGCCAAAGGGAACCUGGGGGGGGGGGGAUACUGUCAAACAUGCCCACCGCUCACUCUCGGGAGCUGCUAAUAACAUUGCCCCCCCCCAGGGAUUUAUCGGCGAAACGCUUUCUCCUCUUUUGCCCUGAGUAUCAAUUUCUUGGAUGGGUGGGAAUUUCCUUUCCCCUCCUGCCCCCCACCCCAGGAAAGGGGAUGAACCCUGCAUUGAUCUAACCAGCCCAGGUUGGCGCUAAGAGGGAAUCUUCCAUCUUGGUGGUGUUGCAGGUUUUCUAUGCCACUCGCAGAAAAGCGACGCUGAAGAUGAACAUUCAGACAGCUGGGGGGGGUCUUCGGCUGGUGGAGGAGGGGGAGACACACCUUUAUGGACUGUUACAUAAGACGCUAAUAAUGCCCGUUAAUUAAUAUAGGUAUGGUAAAAAAUUUAAUUUCAUGCAUAUGUUCUUUUAAUAAUUGCAGAAAAAAACAUACAAAGAAGCAAUUUUUUUAAAAAAAAACCUCACAUUAAAAAAAUAACUGCAUAAACACAAUCAAUAUUCCUUUUUGUUUUGUUUUGUUUUGCAUUGCACUUUAGAGCUGAACUCCAUUCGUUGCAAAUGAAGAAGGGCAGAGACCUCAAACUUAGACAAAGUUGUAUCAUGCAAGCUAGUUCACUGAGCGGUUUCGUGCUUUUCAUUUUUAUUUUUAUUUUGCCUAAGUAACCUGAUUCCUUUUUUCUAAUAAAUCUUCCUUUGUAUUUUAUAUGGUUGCUUAACCAGUCUCCCACCCGCUCCCCUAAAUGUACUUUCCUCCUUUUUCAACAUUCAUGCUUACAAUGGCUAUUAGAAUGGAUAAUAACAGCUUUUUUUAAAAAAAAAA